UUCUCUGAAACACUACGACUUAAAUUUCUUUGGAACUCUAGCUAAACGCUCUUUGUUUGUGCUUUUUCCGAAACUACUAAGUCAUUACAAUUACCCCCUACUGUGAUAGUUCUUUAUUAUGGAAGCUUUAUAUUUAACCGCAGAAAAGUUCAACCAACCUAACGCCGGCAAAGACAUGGUCAAUGAAUAUAAAGAUAAGGUAAAACUUCAAGCUGAAAAUCUAGUGAGAAAUAUUUUUCCUCAGAAAAUUCUUGAGCUUGAUGCAUUGCUGAAGACUGAUAAAUUUACUGUCACCGAUUUAUCAUCUAUACAUUGUGAACUCAACAUUCCUGUACCUGAUGCACCCUUGCAUAAUCAUGAAACUGAUGAGGCUCCAUCCAAGAAGCGAAAAUUUAGCGUGUUAUCCAACGACGUUUCUGAUGUUCAAGGUACGAAAGUAUUGUUGCUCCCAAAUGGCACAGUUCCAACAAAUUCUCACAUAGUUUCUGUUGUAGAAGUUGUGAAGCCGCGUAUUCAACAACUGGUAGAAGAUGCUAAUGUUCUGAAGAUGUGGAUUCAGUUUCUAAUACCUAGAAUUGAAGAUGGUAAUAACUUUGGUGUCUCAAUACAAGAAGAUACCUUGGGUGAGAUUCGAACAGUUGAAAGUGAAGCUGCUGCAUAUUUUGACCAAAUUUCUCGAUAUUUCCUCACAAGAGGGAAAAUUGUAUCCAAAGUUGCCAAGUAUCCUCAUGUUGAUGAUUUUCGAAGGACAGUCAGUGAACUUGAUGAAAAAGAAUUUCUCAGUAUGCGCCUUAUCAUCUGUGAACUGAGGAACCAUUAUGCCACUUUACAUGAUUUGAUCACUAAGAAUUUGGAAAAAAUUAAGAAGCCAAGAACAUCGAAUGCUGAUACCAUGUACUAAAAGUUUUUUAGAGAAUACCAGAAGAGAAGUUAUUUUGUCUCAAACAAUUGCUGGUCUAAUGCUUAGGACUCCUCAUUGUUCAUUUUGUUUCCAAAAAAUAGCCCAUUGCUUCUUCUGAAUAUAAUUUAUAUUGCAUACUGGUUGUACAUAACUUUUUUAAAUUUCAGGUUUCGAGGAGUGCCUACUUUUACCAUGUGUGACUUGUUUGAGAAUGAAAUUUUUUGCUUCUGUUUC